UCGAUAGCGGAUGGAGCUGUCCUGGUUACAUAUGGCCGGAUUCAGAGCUAGGAGCAAAUAAAAAAGGAGCAAUUUGCGGAUGUGAGAUGUGCAGAGGGAUUUAUACUUACUGACAGGCGUGCCUUAUCUUAUUUCUACAUUGCAGUGUGAGAAUAAAGCUGCCCAGCAUGUGCGGGGCCUACAGGCAGAAGCAGCCAUUAACUGAACACCUGGUUGGAGAUUCCUCAUACUCGCUGGAGUCUGUGAAGAAGUUUAUAGAAAUCCAGAAAGGGGGAAGUACUGAGGUGCUGAAGGAACAGAGCGAUGAUAUGAAGCCAUACACUGAGAUAUGCAGCAAUGAGGGUUUACCAGACGAAAUAAAGACAGUCUGUGACAAAGAUUCUAAAGUCAUUCAUGAGACAUUUCAUGGAUUUGAACAAGUCAGUGACAAAAUGGAUGUUUGUGAGAUUUGCGCCUUUGCGGCCUGCUCCGGAUGUUAAUUGCCUCUAUGGAUUCCCGCAGAUGAGCCAUCCUCCAUCAAAAUUACUACAUUAAUUUUCCAACAAUGUAUAUCAGAUCAAAAGUGUUU